CAGCUGCUCCUUAGUUCUGCUCUGCCCUAUAGGCUUGCUAUGACUCAGAAUCAACUCAACAACAGAGGGUUUGGUUUGGUUUGGUUUGGUUUAGUGAUAGCACAGUUUAGGCUUCCACUUUACAGAACUGUUUAUUGAGUUUUCAGUAAGGUAUAUAGCAUUGAGGGGAAAUAUUACACAGAAAGUAUUACACAGAAAAUAACAACUAGUUGCAAUUAUGCUUAGAACCCUCAGGCCUGUCAGUAGGGCCUCCCUAAAGGGUGCUUCCUCUUGUUCCAGCUUGUCCCAUUAUUAAAGGGCUAGUUCAUUUACCCCACUAUCUGUGUGCCUUAGUAACCGAGAGGCCUCAGAAACCUGAAGAAUUUUAAAGGCUUUUUUCUUAAUCUGCCACCAUUCUGGCACAGUGGUCUAUCUUUUGAACUCAGAUAUGUCAUCAAGGUAGACGCUGUUCGAUGCCCCCAUACCUCAGAUGGCCGGCUUGCAAUACUGAGAACUUCUAUGGUAGGAGGUCCUAUCUCCCUGAGGCCCUUGACUAUAAAGCUCUAUGAGGACAAUGAUCCACCCAUUUGGACCUGUCAGAGAAGGAAAACGAAAAUAUUUCCCACUAAGCAGAGAUAGAAAAAUGGUGAUUGCCCCUGUCAAAGAUGGAAAACCUGCAACACCUGGAAAGACAAGGCAGUCCCACUGAGUUCUGUCCCUCACAGUUUUCACUGUAUGUUCUCGGUAUCUAGUCUCUGGGUGGUAGAAAUGGUUAAGCACUCAACCACUAACCGAAAGGUUGGCACUUUGAACUCACUCAGGGUGCCUCAGAGAAAGGCCUAGUGAUGUCCUUCCAAAAGGUCAAGUCUUGAAAACCUAUGGAGCGGUUCUACUCUUUGACACGUGGAGUCACCGUGAGUCAGAAUUGACUCGAUAGCAACUGGCUUGUUUUAUGGUUUUUUAUUCUUAUCACCUAGCAUAGGACCUGGCACGUAGAUGUUCAAUAAAUAUUUGUCGACUACUAAGUAACUAGGUCUCUGCCUGCCUGGAAAUGUUCCUCACUGAACAUUUCCUCACAGUAACUGCAUUCUCAUUAUUUCCAUUUUAAGUGUCUGUAACCCCCCGCCAGCUCAAUUAUUUUUAGUUGUCCUGAAAACCCAAAGCUCUCCAGACUCCCAGAAUGGUGCUCACCAAAUUUGUACCUACAGAUUCCUAGACAUGCAUUUUGAUACUCUUUUAUAUAAAGUCAAGGGGCUUUGGUGGCGCAGUGGUUAAGUGUUUGGCUGCUAACCAAAAGGUCAGCAGUUCGAACCACUAGCUGCUCUGCAUGAGAAAGACGUGGCAGUCUGCUUCCAUAAAGAUUAACAACCUUGGAAACCCUAUGGGGCAGUUCUGCUCUGUCCUUUAGAGUCGCUAUGAGUUGGAAUUGACUUGACAACAAUGAAUUUGGCUUUUUAAAUAUAAAGUCUUGAGGUUAAUGAAUAUGGUCAAAAGUAAUUGAAUUUUACUUUCAGAAGCAAUUCUGUAUUUGUUGUAAGCCAGAAGAGCCACAGUAGUUAGGAAUAGCCCCAAAUCAUCAAAACCGUUUCCACUUCAUAUACUGUCAAUCCUGGGGAGCGUUUCUGGGAGUGCUAAGGAUGAUUCAGGAGCUUACCUAUUUCCAGGGCAUACUUUUAACCUGGUUCACUCUGAUGCAGACUUUGGAACUUUAUCUCUGUGAGAUUUCAGAGGUACCUCAGGUACCUGUGAAAACCUGCAGCUCCUUGAAGCCAGGCAUGUUCCUAGGAUUAAAUGAGACUGGAACCAAAAAAAAAAAGUCAUCAUUAAAUGAAGGAAUAUGGAAGUAGUGCGUUUGUACUGCCUUAAAGCUCCCUACCAAAAAAAAAAAAGAAAAACUUGUCAUUGUCGAGUUGAUUCCAACUCAUAGCAACCCUAUUAGACAGAGUAGAACUGUCCCAUAGGGUUUCCAAGGAGCGGUUGGUGGAUUUGAACUGCCGACCUUUUGGUUAGCAGCCAAAUGCUUAACCACUAUACCACCAGGGCUCCAGCAAAGCUCCCUAAUGAGCAGUAUUUCCACAGACCCCAUUUUAAGGAGUGAAAUGACCCAGCUUCUUGAGGCCUAUAUCUCUACCUUCUCAGAUAAUUGAUGCUCAUUUACUGAAGUUUCUAGUCUCUUCAUUCAGUAAAAGGGACCCAUGUGUUAUGGAUUGAAUUGUGGACCGCCCCCCCCAAAAAAAAAAAAUACGUGUCAGCUUGGCUAGGCCAUGAUUCCCAGUGUUGUGUGGUUGUUCCCAAUUUUGUGAUCUGAUACAAUUAUCCGAUAUAAUUAUCCUGUGUGUUGUAAAUUCUGACCUCUCUGAUGUUAAUGGAAACCCUGGUGGUGUAGUGGUCAAGAACUAUGACUGCUAACCAAAAGGUCGGCCCUUCGACUCCACCAGGCACUACUUGGAAACUCUGGGGCAGUUUUCCUAUGUCCUAUAGGGUCAUUAUGAGUGGAAAUGAACUCAACAGCAGCAGGUUUGGUUGGGUUUUAUGAUGUUAAUGAGGCAGGACACAAUCUACAGGAUUAGGUUGUAUUUUGAGUUAGUUUCUUUUGAGAUAUAAAAGAGACAGGUGAGCAGAGAGGAGAGGGACUUCAUUACUACCAAGCAUGAAGAGCCAGGAGUGACGUGCAUCCUUUGGACCUGGGUUCCCUGUACUGAGAAGCUCCUAGACCAGGGGAAGAUUGAUGACAAGGACCUUCCGCCAGAGCUGACAGAGAGAAAGCCUUCCCCUGGAGCUGGCACCAUGAAUUCGGACUUCUAACUCCUAGACUGUUUCAUGUGGACAAACUCUCUUCGGCUCAUGUGUACCUUCGAUUACAUAAGUGAGAAACCUGGCUCCCACCAUCCAUUUACUUAUUUAUUUGACUCCAGUAUACAUUUUCCAGUCAAAACACUGUUUUCCAAAGUUACUUGAAUGGAAUUACUGGAUCAAAAGGGGGAGAAGAUAGAAGACAUUCCAAAGGAAGUGCUGAUGGACUGUGCACACCUUGUGAAGGCCAAUAGCAUUCAAGGCUGCAAGAUGAACAACGUUAAUGUGGUAUAUACACCGUGGUCUAACCUGAAGAAAACAGCUGACAUGGAUGUGGGACAGAUAGGCUUUCACAGGCAAAAGGAUGUGAAAAUUGUGACAGUGGAGAAGAAAAUGAAUGAGAUACUGAACCGAUUAGAAAAGACCAAAAUGGAGCGGUUCCCAGACCUAGCGGCAGAGAAAGAAUUCAGAGACCGUGAAGAGAGAAAUGAAAAAAAAGCCCAAAUUCAGGAAAUGAAAAGGAGAGAAAAGGAAGAAAUGAAGAAGAAGAAGGAAAUGGAUGAGCUUAGGAGCUAUUCAUCACUAAUGAAAGUUGAGAAUAUGUCUUCAAAUCAGGACGGCAAUGAUUCAGAUGAAUUCAUGUGAAUGGAGAGGACCUUUGAAAGAUGUGAAUUUAGAGACAGUUGCAGACCUUUUGAUUUCAGCUAUGUUCUGAAUUAUAAAAAGCAAACAACCAAAAUUCUGCCUUCAUUCUACACAAAUAUUAUUUUGGAGAUUUAGAAAAUACAGUUCUCUUUUUUGCUGACAGAAAAGGAUCAGAUACAUACAGUACAGUUGAAGACAGCAUAUAACUUUAGGAAAGUGAAAAUAUUUUUGUCAGAACAUGUCUUGGUAUCUCCUGAAAGUUGGCUGCCCUUGUAUUUUAGAUAGACUUUAGAAAGAACCAACUCUGAAAAGUAUUUCUUUUAUUUGGUCUGUCCCUGAAAGACGAUAUCCAGAAAAGCUUUUCAUAGUCUUAAAAUAUCUUCCCCUCGUUAAGAAGAAUGUGUUGGUGGGCAAUAUAUGUGAAUAUUCCCACACCCCUGAUUAGAAAAAAAUAGCACAUAAGCAUAUGGAUUUUGAAGACGAUAGUGAUACCUUCAGAAGACUGCUGCCUUCAAUACUCACGAUCCAUUGUGUCAUCUGAGUCUGUUAGCACAGUGAUCCUCAGACUCUCAGCUUGUCCGAGUCUCUGUAGCCUUGCUUUCUUUGAGUGAGAGCCUCCAUCUUUGAACCAUCAUAGUAAAUAGUUGGUGUUAAUCAGGGUUGGGCCUCUGUAAGUUUUUACCUGAGCACCAAGUAACCCAAGCCAUAUAUUACAGCUUCCAGGCUCUGGAGUAGUUUCUCAGAACUAGGGUAAGAACUACAAAAGGGUUCUCUGUGAAUCAUUUCGGAAAUGUAGGUUACCUAAUUUUUGUCUUGGGAUGCAGCAUGAAGCAAAAGUCUACAUUCUAAUUACGAUUUUUUAGAAAUAAUCAAGUAUUUCACUAGCCAGCCAAGUAAUUUACCUUGAAAUAAGAUUUCUUUUGAGUUGUAACCUGAGAGUUCAGAUUUCUCAGUUGCAGAUUUAGUGAUUUAAGAUAUAACAUUACUGCUUAUUUGAACUGCUGUCCAAUGUGACUCUGAAUAGAAGAUAUAUUUUUAUUGUAGCAUGUAAGGCAAACCCUGUAGAAAGAGAGGAAACACAACACUGAAAGGGAAAGAGAGCAAAGCCUGCAGGACAGGAGGGAUUCCAGUUCAUAUUUUAAUCACACUCCACGUGCAACAUUGUUAUUCUUACUUGUAUUCUAAUCCAGCAAAAAUGAUCUCCUAAGAGAAAUAUUCUACCUGUAGCGGCACUUUGGAACUGUGAAUAAAACUAAAAGACUAGUA